AUUUCUCAACACAGGAAAGAUGGUUUUUAAACACAGGAAGGCAACAAACGACGACGUAGCCCGUACUUAUAAACCAUUCUUCUUCUUCUUCUUCGUCUUAUAACAGUCUCUCUCACUCUUUUGCGUCUCUUAUCUCCACUGAUCUGAUCAUGCCCGACGCCGACCCAAUUCCGGGCAUGGAUCCCACCGACCACCUCCCACUCGCUCUCCUUCCAUCGGACCCAAUACCACCCGCCCCGACCCGAUCCUCCCCACCUGGAUCCACCAUAGAUGUCCUCCCAAACAUGUCAGGCUACUCCUGGGUUGCCUACGCGGCCUCCUCAAUCCUCGUGAUCUCACAUUUCCCUUCCCCUGACGAAACCCUAAUCGGCCCCAUCUUCCGCCAGCUCCUCCAGCUCUCCUCCUCCGCCAUCGCCGCCGUCUCCUGGUCCCCUGUCUCUCCCUCCAAUGGCGACCUCGCCGCCGCCGUCGACAAUUGUAUCCGCCUCUUCCAACAUGACUCCGCCACCUCCAAAGGUUCUUUUUGUUGGAGCCAGAAUGCAGUACUUGUGCAAUCUACAAAGGUGGAGGCGAUCCAAUGGACGGGCUCCGGAGAUGGGAUAGUUGCUGGUGGAAUUGAGGUGGUUUUGUGGAGAAACAGUGGCAAGUCAUGGGAAAUUGCUUGGAAGCUUAAAGCAGAGUGUCCUCAAACUCUGGUUUCUGCAACAUGGUCGAUUGAGGGACCUUUGGCAACUGCAGUUUAUCCUAGUGAACUGCAGACUGAAGAACCGAGGGUUGAUGUGGCCAGCAAAUGUGUGUUAGUAUGCCACAUGAAAGGAAAAAAUGAUUAUGCAAAAACUGAGUUAUAUCAUCCUUUACCUGUUUCAUUGAUUCAAUGGAGGCCAUCAACAGGAAGACUUUUGAACAGAGAUGUAAAGCAUCCAUCAAGACACAUACUGCUAACAUGCUGCUUAGAUGGAACAGUAAGGUUAUGGUGUGAGACUGAUAAUGGAAGGGUCAGAAAAAUUGGCAAGGAGACCAAUGAUCACAGAACCAUGAAGCGGUCUUUCUGUGUAGUCGCUGUAAUAGAGAUAGACCAGGCCUUAAAAGGAACCCUGGGCAUGGAUGUAUCUGUGUUGUGGGCCACAGAAAUUGGUGGUCUUUUAAAAUCUGGUGAUGGUGUUAAUCAAUUUUUCUCCACAGAAGGAUCUGAGCAUGAUGAGGCGGGCAGAUGUGAGUGGUUAGUUGGGUUUGGUCCAGGAAUGUUGGUAUACUUUUGGGCUAUUCACUGUCUUGAUGACGUCUCCCCGAUGAGGUUCCCUCGAGUUACAUUAUGGAAGAGACAAGAACUACAGGGAUUUGAAGUGGGAGAACUUCGUAGAAGUAGUUUUUCAAAUGUUAAAGACAGAUUACUUCUUAAUAAAGUUUUCAUGUCAAGGAAUCGCUUGUCUGGUCCACCAAUGAUCUGCUCUUUGAUUCAUUUAUUACCUUGUGAUUCUUUAGUUUGGUUACUGUUAAAUACUCAAACAUUAAAUAAAAUGGAGAAUACAUCUCUUAAUAAAUCCCAGACAGAGAACUAUUUAUCAUGUUCUGCUACUGGAAUUCUAAAUUUAGGAGGUCAUGCUGGAAAAAUCAUACAAGUCGCUGUGUAUCCUUAUAGCAGUGAAGUUGAAUUGGCUGUUUCUUUGGAUUCUAAUGGAUUGCUUCUUUUUUGGUCACUUUCCACCAUUUCCAACUGCAUAUUGGGUCGUCCAACAUUGAUUCCAACAUGGAAACUUUAUGGAGAACUUGUAACUAAAGAUUCAUAUUCCAAAUAUACAUGCUUGAUGUGGGCACCUUCAGUAUUGGACGACAAACUGGUUCUUCUUAUGGGACAUAUUGCUGGAAUUGAUUGCUUUAUAGUUAGAAUUGGCCACAAUGAAGAAGAAAAUAUAGAAUGUCACUACUUAUUCACCGUUCCUUUCACCGGUCAUGGUCCAUAUGAGGAUGGUCCCACAAAUAUCUAUUCAAAUUCUUUGUCUUCAACUUGCAAUAAAACCUUCAAGUAUAAUAAAUUUAUGAUUUUGGGGAUAUGGAUGAAAGGUUUUUGGGCUCUGUCAUGGGAAAUUACUCUCCAUUCUUUUGAUUUAUCUGCAAGCUGCUGUGAAUGUAAUUUUGGCACUAGAGAUGCUGCAGAAGGCAGCAUGUGGAAAUUUGAAAGUGUUUUUGCUGGUAAAAGAUAUUGUCUUGCUGUGAAUCCUAGCUCAUCAUAUUUACCAGAUCCUCACUCCCAUGAUCAGGUUACAAGUUUUGCUGUGGUCUGUCCAGAUAGUCUUACUUUUGAACAACAAAAGGUGACUUCAACUAAUGAUCCUUCUUGUAGUUAUCCUGCAUAUAUUAUGGCCACAGGCUGUUCUAAUGGUUCUUUAAAACUGUGGAGAAGUUACCUUGGUAGACCCUCAACACUUCAUGUACCAUGGCAGCUUGUGGGUAUGUUUGUUGCACAUCAAGGCCCCAUUAGUGCUAUAUGCUUGACUGGUUGUGGGCAGAAGAUUGCAACCGUCUCUACGGAAUGUCGUCCAAAUUCUGUCAGCACCCUUCAUAUAUGGCACACUGUUCACCUUACAGGAGCAGGAACUUUUAUGUUAGAAGAUACAUUAUUCCUUGACAAAGAUAUAGUUGCUUUAAAUUGGUUAACAUUAGGAAACGGUCAGUUAUUACUUGGAGUUUGCAUGCAGAAUGAGUUGAAAGUAUAUGCUCAGCGGCGUUGUGGUGGUCAGGCUUUGUUGAACUCUGGAAAAGCUUUGAAAAUGGACAUAUGGAUUUGCAUUGCAUUUUCUCAUACUAUCCCUCCCAUCCACGACUUCCUUUGGGGACCCAGGGCUGCAGCUGUGAUUAUUCACGAUACUUACUUCUGUGUAUUUAGUCAGUGGUUGUUCCUUGAGCAUAAAAAACAUCAGGUUGAGUUCCAUCUGAAUUAUAACAAGGAAAAUUGCCUCAGUUGUGAUGGUAGAACAGAUGAGGGCAUUCUUUCUGCAGUUUUCACUGAUUAUGACAUUGGUAAUUUCAAGGAAUUGUCAAUCGAAAAUGGUAGUGGAGAAUGCAAGUCUGGGCUGCCUGUAAAGAUUAGUAAGAAUGAUUACAUAUCCAGCAAUUUGUUUGUAGAAAAGGUUCCAUUGAUACUUGGUUCGGGUUCCAAGCUUGGUUUAUGGAGCAUGCUAGAAGUAGUGGAGAGGUUUGGUGGAUCUGUGCCUAGCUAUCACCCUGAAGCACUCUUUAUGAAUAUAUAUUCAGGUAAUUGGAAACGUGCAUACAUGGCUGUGAGGCAUCUUGUUGAAUUUCUUACCUCUAAUUAUGGUUCUAAGAUGGAAACUAUCUCUGCAAAGUCUAGCAUCACUAUCCCACAGAUCCUUUUAUCAAAUUAUUUUGAAGGAAUUUUUUUGAGAAAUUCAACUGAUAAAGGAUUUCAAUGGAGUGGAGAUUUGAUCACAACAUCGUCACAGUUUCAGAGCAGCACGAACCAAUUUGCAUUCAAUUCUGAGUCUAUUGCUUCCAAUAAUAUAUUCACUUCCUCUUCCACAAAAUCUGAACUCAGUGGCUUUGUUAAGCCUCUUGAGAACUUGUAUGAGUUAGCAGCUAUAAACAACAAGGAGAAGAUGCAAAUUCUUGCAAUAAUAGAUCUUCUUGGUGAAGUUAGUAACCCACACGCUUCUACCUAUGAAAGUCUUGAUGAACCUGGGCGAAGGUUUUGGGUGGCAUUGAGGUUUCAGCAAUUACAUUUUUUCCAAAAAUUAGGUAGAACAGCAUCCAUGGGAGAGUUGGUUGUUGACUCUGGUAUGAUUGUAUGGGCUUACCACUCUGAUUGUCAGGAAAAUUUAUUUGGUGCUGUUCUAGCUAAUGAACCAUCUUGGCAAGAAAUGCGGGCAAUGGGAGUUGGAUUUUGGUUUACUAAUACCACACAAUUGCGUUCACGGAUAGAGAAACUAGCGAGAGUACAAUAUCUGAAGAAGAAAGAUCCUAAGGAUUGUGCAUUAUUAUAUAUAGCAUUGAAUAGACUCCAAGUGCUGGCUGGCCUUUUUAAAAUCAGCAAGGACGAGAAGGAUAAGCCCUUGGUGGGUUUUCUUGCACGUAAUUUUCAGGAGGAGAAAAAUAAGGCUGCUGCUUUGAAGAAUGCUUAUGUUUUAAUGGGGAGACAUCAGCUAGAGCUGGCCGUUGCUUUCUUUUUGCUUGGAGGUGAUACUUAUUCUGCUCUUAGUGUUUGUGUAAAGAACCUUGGGGAUGAGCAACUUGCACUAGUAAUUUGUCGGCUUGUUGAGGGGCAUGGUGGACCAUUACAGCACCAUCUAAUAACAAAGUAUUUGCUUCCAUCAGCAAUCGAGAAAGGCGACUACUGGCUAGCAAGCCUACUGGAGUGGGAACUGGGGAAUUACUUGCAGUCAUUUUGUAUCAUGCUUGGUUUCCAGAUCAAUCCUGUGACUGAAAAGUCUGCACUUUUGUCUAAACAUGUUGCCUUUUUGGACCCAAAUAUCGGUCUUUAUUGCCUAGCACUAGCCACCAGAAAUAGCAUGAGAAAUGCUGUAGGGGAGAAAAAUACUGCAGUUCUGGUUAGGUGGGCAACUUUGAUGACAGUCACUGCCUUAAAAAGAUGUGGGCUUCCUCUUGAGGCUUUGGAGUGCCUUUCUUCUUCCCAGAGUGUACUUGGGAAUACAGAUGAAGAGAGUAAUGAUGCUGGAAAUUUUGAAAUUCUAUACAGGAUUCUAAAGCCUUCUCCACGUGAUUCGUCUAACUGGCUUUCAUGUGAUGUAGCUUUCCAGCUGGAGUCCCUUGAUAAAUUAGAUUUGGCACUUCCAUACUUCUCAAAACUGAUGAGAGAGCAUCCAAGUUGGCCAGACACCAUUAUAGGAUCUGCUGGAGCUAGUACAUGCUCCAAGGAGUAUAACAUUCAUCAACAUGAUAAAUUACUUCAGAACUUCCAGCAUAAGUUAUAUAUAGGGCUUGAACAGUUAGAGCAGAGGUGUUCCUUGGUUCCUGCCCAUAUAAUUAGCAUGAUGUUAGUCUCACUGUGCAAUCACGGGUUCUUGUUUAUUGGAUACGAUAUAUUGCAUGGUUAUAAUUCUCAAUAUCAGUCACAAGAUGAGAGCCAUACAGUUGACAGUUUCCACAAGCCACUUUUGAAGGCUACCCAAGAGAUUUCCCUCUUAUUUUCACGGUUUAUUACUGUCUGCAGUAUAAGUUGCUCUCAACCAAAGUCGGGUUAUAUUGAGAAUGAUGUGUCUGCUGAAAGUAGGUCUAAGUGUUUAGAUGCUUGGGGGUACUUCUUUCAAGGGCUUAUAUUGUCGUUGUGGAGUUUAAGAGCUAGUUUGAGAAUGAUUUCCAACUGUGUCACCCAAGAUCUCAUCAAGAAACCCCUUAUUUUCCUUGAUUUAUUUGAGUAUAUAGUACAUGUUGCAUCUGCUUGGCUUCAGAAAAACUCAAGAGUGCUCAUUCUGAUGGUGCAACCCCUCUUGAUCAUGUAUACUAAUGGGCACAUGCCAAAUGAAGUUGAUAUAAUGAAUUUGAAGAAACUACUUCCCCAGAUUGCAGAGUUGGGGGCUCAGAAUCUAUUAAUAGAUGAGAAAGCAAAGGGCCUUCAGGCUUUAAAUAGUGUGCCAGAUAAACAAGCUGUAGAUGCAAUGCAUUCAAUUCCAGAAGAUGAAAGAUGGAAAAUUAUAGGUGCUUGUUUGUGGCAACACAUGGCGAGAUUCAUGAAACAGAAGCUGGAUUUGGUGUUUGAUAAAGUUGAAAAUAAAUUGACUGGCAGUACAACAGAAGAGAUCAGGCUGGUCUCAUUGAGCUUGGCAGAGUUACUGAAGACCACACUCACAAAUCUUUCUUCUUAUCAUGUAAAACAGGUUGCAUCAUUUCUAUGGCACAAAGUAGAGAAUGGAUUGCCGGUAAUGACUCUUAUAUGGUUAAAAGGAUCUAGCCAGCCUCACCCCAGAGUCUCCUAUGAGGGUACUGUAAGUGUUGAUAUCAUGAAAAACAAAGAUGAGUCUUCAAUUUCUGAAAUACUAUGGGAUAUCUGCGUUGGUUCUGAGAUAUUAUUUGAAGGCUUUGCACAAGAUAAUAUAAAUUUGUCACAUUGUUUUGAUCAUAAACCCUCUAAAGCAUGGAGUGAUAGAUGUAUGGGUUUGGGAGUACAUGAAACAGAGGAAUCCAACACUUAUGAUGGUAUGAUUAGCAGUAGUUCUACCAGCAGUGAAGCUGGAUCACCAGCUAGAGGGCUAUUUCGUAAUGGCCCUACUUUUCUAAGUUCCUGGCAGAAAGAUACAACGCUUAAAAAGGAGGUUACAACUUUCCAAAACCCUAGAGAAAUCUAUAAGAGAAAUGGGGAGCUUUUGGAGGCAUUGUGUAUCAACUCUAUUGAUGAAGGGCAAGCUGCACUUGCUAGCAAUCGUAAGGGCAUACUAUUUUUUAAUUGGGAAGAUGGGAUGUCUUUCAGUGGUCAGUCAGACUAUAUCUGGUCAGAAGCUGAUUGGCCAAAGAAUGGGUGGGCUGGCUGUGAAUCGACCCCAGUUCCAACAUGUGUAUCUCCUGGCGUUGGUCUGGGAAGCAAGAAAGGGUUACACCUUGGGUUGGGCGGAGCAACUGUUGGUACAGGCUCUUUGGCAAAACCCGGCAGGUACUUGACUGGUGGUGGAGCAUUUGGGAUUCCAGGUUAUGCUGGUAUUGGUGCCUCUGGCUUAGGUUGGGAGAUUCAACAAGACUUUGAGGAGUUUGUUGAUCGACCAGCUACUGUGGAGAAUGUAUGCACAAGGGCUCUCUCAAGUCAUCCCUCUAGGCCUUUCUUCUUGGUUGGUUCUAGUAAUACACACAUUUACUUAUGGGAGUUUGGUAAAGAUAAAGCUACUGCAACUUACGGGGUGCUGCCUGCUGCAAAUGUCCCUCCACCAUAUUCUCUUGCAUCAAUAUCAGCUUUACAGUUUGACGACUGUGGACACAGAUUUGCUACUGCUGCCUCAGAUGGAACCAUAUGCAUAUGGCAGCUGGAGGUAGGAGGGAGGAGUAACAUUCGUCCUACGGAAUCAUCUCUUUGCUUCAAUACCCAUGCGUCGGAUGUCACUUUUAUCUCUUCAAGCGGAUCAAUCAUUGCUGCAGCUGGAAAUAGCUCCAAUGCUGUUAAUGUGGUUAUAUGGGAUACAUUGGCUCCACCUUCCACCUCUAGAGCUUCCAUUAUUUGUCAUGAAGGUGGUGCCCGCUCCCUUUCCGUGUUUGAUAAUGACAUAGGAAGUGGUUCUGUUUCUCCUCUUAUUUUGACUGGUGGUAAAGAUGGUGAUGUUGGACUCCAUGACUUCCGGUACAUUGCUACUGGUAGGACUAAAAGACACAGGCACCCUGAUAAUGGUGAACAAAGCAUUACAUCUUCAAGUAUUGACAUGCGAACAGGGGACCAGAAUCGAAAUGGGAUGCUUUGGUAUAUACCAAAGGCUCACUUAGGGAGUAUCACCAAAAUAUCUACCAUCCCAAAUACUAGUUUGUUCUUAACUGGAAGCAAAGAUGGAGAUGUCAAACUUUGGGAUGCCAAAAGAGCUAAGUUAGUAUAUCACUGGUCGAAAUUGCAUGAAAGACACACCUUUCUGCAACCAAGCUCUCGAGGCUAUGGCGGAGUUGUUCGGGCUGCUGUUACGGAUAUACAAGUUUUUUCACAUGGUUUUCUUACAUGCGGUGGAGAUGGCACUGUAAAGCUGGUAGAUCUCAAAUAGUAGCAACAUGGGACACAAGGAAUUCUAAGCCCAAGAUGUCUCUGCUCAUGGGAACUAUAUUUGCCCAAUGAUACCGUAAAUUUUUGAAUUCCAUAUAAAAUGGUUAUUAGGGGAAGGCAAAGGUCAGUGCAAUUUUCCAUGCUGCUCAUUCUGGUGCUUAAUUCACAUAUCUUUACACGGUCAGCAAUGCAUACAUCUUUCCAUACCCUUCAUUUUUGAAAAAACUCGGUGUGAGAGCCUCGGAUGCACCCAGCCUUUUGUGUAGUUCCUUCAGACUCCAUUAGGAAGUGGAAAACUCAUCUCCUUUUUGGUAAAACCCUUCCUUGACUCUCAUCCAACGGUUUUUGCCUGGGUAAAACAGUGUAAAUGAAGGCCACUGUAGUAAUUCAUGUAGCCCCUUCCGGAGCCAACAAAAAACCCCUUUCCUGUUAUAUGCCCUAAUUGAAAGGAAUAAAUAUUGACAAAAAAUUUCUGAAGGAAAGAUACCAUUCAGGAUACCUGGGUUAAGUGAAGAUUUUUGUGCUGAGUACAUACUGUUCACUGCUCUUCUUAUUCUGCAGUUUAAGCUAUGAAGGACAAUAGAGAGUUCCAAUUUUUGUAUAAAUAUAUCUUCCAGCUAUGUAAUUUUGCAUGUAUACGUUUGAAGGAACAUACAAAAUUGACCUUUUAUGGUCCAAAUCUGUUGGAUUCUAUAAUUUGUUGAGUAAAUAAACAUUUGUAAUUCUCUCAAA